UUGCGUACACAGGAUGACUAAAAAGUAAAACUGUUACAGGGGCAAUCGACAACGUUCAGUAAAGACGAUAUGAAAAAGGAAACCAAGGGCUUUUAUUUUGAAAAUUCACAAAGGAAGUAUAUCGGCCCACAUAUUGUGCGGAUUCCAGUAAGGUUUGCAGUUUUCAUUUGCGGUGUUUAACUGUUACACGAUGUGCUUUUUAUAAACAAAGCGGGUUUAAUCCGUAUUUUCUCACAGCCGUGUGUUGCAGUCGACGGUCGGUUAACUAUGAACAUUCGAACAUCACGUUUCAUUCAUUCUCUUUGUCUAAAAACCGAAGCAGUGUAGCGGCGAUUUAGCCUUACUUGACCGGGGUUGGUGGACCUGUAGCCGGGAAGUGAAAGCUGCGUGUCAGUGUUUUUUAUUUUCCGAGAGAAGUGUCGUUUAAAUAAAACCCAGUAAGGUAACGUACACCUCAGGAAGAACUAUCAUGGAUUACGAACACGAAGCGAAGAAGGCGACUGACUCGAUGCAGAGCUACAGGACGGACACAUCUGGCUGGAAAGUCUGCAAGAAGUCGAAUGAUGUGGUUGUGUCGUGGCGCCCUUCGUCAGAGUUCCCUGGGAAUGUUUACAAGGGGGAUGGGAUCAUCAGCGGCAGCCUGUUGAAAGUGUGGGAGUGCCUGAAGCCCAUACCUGACGGGCUUCGAGUCAAAUGGGACAGCAAUGUGAAAAGGUUUGAGCUUCUGGAACAAAUUACAGAGGGCACCUCCAUUUGCCGGACGGUCACACCCUCAGCAGCCAUGGGUAUCAUAGCUCCACGAGACUUUGUAGAUGUGGUGGUAGUGAAGCAGUAUGGAGAUGGAAGCAUCUCGUCCAAUGCCACCAACGUGACCCAUGUCAGUUGUCCUCCUCAGCCGGGCUACGUGAGAGGCUUCAAUCACCCGUGUGGUUGCAUCUGUGUCCCAGUCUCAGGGGAACCCAACAAAACUCAGGUGUACACGUUCUUCCAGACAGACCUGGGGGGCCUGCUCCCUCGCUCUGUCGUCGACUCUUUCUUUCCGUCCAGCAUGGCUGAGUUCUACAACAACCUGGCCAAGUCUGUCAAGUCUCACAAAGACAUUUGACACCAAGAGCUAAGAGAUUCUUUUAAAACCAGGACCAAAAACCCUGGUGCGUUUUAGAGCUAAUCUGACAGACGUGGGACCAACACAGUGACAGAAUCUUAGAAAUUACCCCAAAUUUCUUUUGCAUCUUUUUCUCCUGUGUCACUACAGGAAGAGGACACCACAUGUUAACCAGUUUAAAUUCACAUUUUAAAACCAAAACGGUUGGUUCCAAAAAAAAAGUUUUGUAUUUCAUGGAAAAAAAGCCGCAGCCUAUGUGAUUUUACACUAACUGGGUGCGAAAACGAGGGUUGAUAAAUCACAGGGUCACUGUGGACCAACUUUGAUUAUUGUGAUUGUACAUAAUCUGAUCAAUCAUGAUUAAUUGUAGUGUAUGAAACAUAUAAUAUAAAAUACAUCUUAAUAUAUAUAACAAAUAUAUAUAAAUAUAUAUAUAAAGAAAUGUUUUUAUUUCCCUGGAACCAAAAAGCCAAUAUCAGCAGGUAGAGGUCAGUGUUUCUCACCUGUUUAUAUUUGUAACUAAUCCAAAUGAUGGGAUUUAUUAAUAUGAAAUAUAUAUAUAAAUAUAUAUGCAAUUUUGAACAUCCAUUGAUCUCGACUAUGGGCUGCGGCUUUAUUUCCAGUCAUUGUUUUAAAGUUCCUUCUGUGUGACCCACUGUCCCGAUCUAAAGAGUGAAAAGUGCUGAGGACAAACUCCCGAUUCACGUCCAAUCAAUACCUUUAAUGUGUUAGUUGCAUGGACCAGUUUCAAACUGUUGCAUUGCCUCAUACCUCACAAUGUUGUUUGUGUACUUGAAACAAUUUUUUUUGUUGUUGUUGUCAUCACUGAGCUGCCGGUGAAGGCGUUUGCCUUUUUUACCUCACACCUUUCCUUACCUUUUCUUAAUCAGGUGUAGGUUGGUGUGGAUGCCUGGAGAGCAGAAGCCUAUAAUUCUACACUGUAAAUUUUAAAGAGAAUUUUUUUUCAACAUUUAUUUUCUGUUAACUCCCUGUUCUUUAACUGAGAUAAGGUUCAAGGACCUGGCAUGAAAUACUGCGAUUCUCAUACAGUUUUAACAAUGGAAUCUUCCAGAACAAAUCACACUGGAGUCGGUCGUUCAGCUCCAGUCAGUAUAGAAAUAUGAUCAUCAAAAUCAUCAUCGUGGAGUUUUUGAUACAAAAGGCUCAAGAAAAUCGCAAUGACAUGAAGAAAUCACUGCCAACAGAUGGCAGUAAAGCAUCAAAUACGUUUCACCAAGGUGAAAGAAUUAGGCUGCGACCCAAUUUCAGCAUUAUGUCCAAGAGGAUAUUUGCAGUACGCACAGUGGAAAACUGUACCAGAGCAGGCGACCUCUGACCCACCAAUACUGAUUGACUUUGAAUCCUUUAAUUAAAAGUCUAACAUCGACGCUGUAAUGCCACCUUAUGGAAGUCAACUGCCAUCAUACCUGGCACCAGGGACACUUUCAUCAGAUGUGUCUGGUAAAGAAACCAGCUGCAUGACCAGACCUGAAGAUGACGCUUCCCAGAAAGACACAGUGCAAACUAACAUCAAACAAAACAACAUCUGCCAUGAUGGAAAAAAGGAGGACCUAAUGUGUUGUUAUGGAUGUCAAGGUCUCCGCAACACCAAGAGGAAGGGCACCAGAUAUAUUAGAUAUUAGAACACCAGUUUAACUGACAGCAGCACACGACCCAGGUUGGAUUUUUCUGUUUUGAAAGCAAGAUAAUUUAGAAAACGCUUAGACACGGGAGCAAUCGUUGUCCUGGACCAAAAUGUCAUCUUAUCUGAUAAAAAACCCUCUAAAGAAUGGAAACCAGGACCUGGAUGAGGAUUUCUGGAGGUCACUGGCCGACAAACAGACGAUCGAACAUCUGAAAACUGAAAAUCAGAGGCUUAAUGACGUGCUCCAGAAAUCCCAAGUUGACCAAAAGAGAAUUGACCAUCUGGAAAGUGAAAACCAGAAGCUGAGUGACACGCUGCAGAAAUGCCACGUUGAACAACAGAAAUUUGAAUGUCUAAAAAAUGAAAAUCAGAGGCUCGCCGAAGCAUUGCAGAAAUCGCUCAUCGACCAGUUGCGGAUGGACUGUCUGAAAAAUGAAAAUCAGAAGCUGAACAGGGCCCUGCAGAGGUCGCAGUUUGACCAGCUGAGGAUUGACUGUCUGAAAAAUGAAAACGAAAGGUUGACUGAGGUUCUGCAGAAGUCCCAGGAUGAACACCAGAAGACCGACCACCUCCAGACAGAAAAUCAGAGGCUGGCCGAGGCUCUGCAGAAAUCCCAAGCCGACAAACUGAGGAUUGACCAUCUGAAAGGAGAAAUCCAGAAACUGGGUGAGGCCAUGCAGAAGGCCCAGGUCGACCAGCAGAAAAUGUACUGCCUGAAGUACGAAAACCAGAGGCUGAACGAGACUCUGCAGAGAUCACUCACUGACCAGCAGAGGUUCGAACGCCUGAAAAACGAAAAUCAGAAUCUCAUCGAGGCUCUGCUGAAGUCGGGGGACUAUCAACAGAGGAUCGAUCAUCUGCAGCAGGAAAUAGAGACGUUCAACGAGGCGCUCUGGAAUUCAGAGACUGAUCCUAGGAGGCUGGAGAACGUGACAAUUGAGAUCAAGGAACUCUAUGAGACUCUGCAGAAAUCCCAGGUGGACAAACACUUGAUUGACUACCUGCAUUCUCGUAAUCACAAGCUAAGUGUGUGUCUGCAAAAAUCACGCGAUGACCAACACUUGAUCAGAUAUUUGCAAAGUAAAAAUAAAAAACUGCACAUGGGGCUAAAGGAAACGGAGGACGACUUUGAAUUGCUCUGGAAGGCAACCGUUCCUGGAGUACCUGUCGGGGGUCCGGUCUAGAUGGGUCACAGCCGGUUGGCUCACUGCUCAGCUAACAGCAGACGGAGGGUCGUGGUCCUGCUGCUUCGUGGGUUCAGUGACGGCACUGAAUUUAGCAAAGGAUAGUAAUGGAACAUAAUGCUAACUGCCAGGAAACACCACUGCCCCCUAGGUCCUUGAUGUCCAGCGCUCUGGUUGUAUUGUGUUUCCUUUUAACUUUUUCUUUUCCCAUAAAACUUGAUUCUUAGUCCCAACAAAUAUCAACGUCACCAGCCCGGCCCACCUCCACUCUGUACGAUGUCCCUCAAAUACAUGUGGACCAAACCUUGACAAUCCUUAAAUAACCUACACUCCAUCUCUUUAUCUCUGUAUAAAUAUACCAAUAUUACCUUGUUUUAAACUAGACUGAAAACGUGUUCAAUGUUCUACCAGCAUCGCUGCUUCUCCAGUCUGUCAUAUGUUCUAGACCAGUGGUUCUCAAACAAAAAUAUUUGGCCUUCAAAGUACUACAAGUAUGUACCAACUUCACAGUACAGCAGUACAGUUCCUUGUGGACUGUUUAUUCGUAUGACGAUUAUUUGACUAUUUAAGAUACCCUGUACGAUGACGCAGUACUGGUACAGAGUCAAAACAUUUCUGUCCCCGGGGGGCGUAGACAGAAAAUAAUUGAGAACCACUGGCUUAGACCAAUCUCUAAAGAGUGUUGCGUAGUGUCCUCAGCUUGAGUCAUUCCCCCUGAACUUAAGUCUAAUCAGCUUCUCUCGCAUACCACUAGAGGGAGCCCAAAUACUACCAUUGGGCCAUGUACUGUAGUUUGAAAAGUACUGUUAUAAAUGGUGAACUGUUGUUUCUUUUGUGGCGUACCUUGACCACGUACCUCGUGGUCAGACCGGUCCUCUCAGACUAAGACCUCUCCAAACCUUUUCAUUAUUUUAAACUGUUGUGUUUAUGUCGACGACGUCUCUCCGUGUAUCUACAGACGUCUGAUUCCACCUCAAACAUGUUUAUUAUUUUAUGUGAACUUCUCUGUGUACUUAGGAGUGGCUGCUAAACAACAGAUGUCUUGAACACCUGGUACAAUUGAGUAUUUGUCACACCAGCGGAGUACAGCUCUGUGUACAUAUCUGGAGUACAUAAUUAAGUAAUAGAACCGGCUGAACAAGCUGUGAUGAUUUAGUUUCUAACUACAGUCAGAACAUCUGCUGCUGAUACCUUCAACGUCCUGUGUUUUAUUCUGUUUAUCACCAGCAAUAAAACCAUGAACCCGA